AUGACUUACUAUCAUGCUGAUAUAUCCAUAUCUCUGAUGGUCGAUGUUUACAAUGCUGCUGUUGGUACUGUUCUCCACCGACGUCUGCCAGAUUCUAACGUGCGUUUGGCUUUCUUCUCCAGGAAUUUAUUUAGGGCCGAAACCCGAUACCGCACAUUCGGACAUGAACUUCUUGCUGUUGUUCUUCCCUUGAGGCACUUCCAGCAUUUACUGGAAGGUCAAGAGUUCGCAAUUUCCACAGACCAUAAGCCACUCGCCUUUGCUCGACAUUCCCACUCUGAGAAACCGAACCUCUGGGAGAUCUGUCACCUGGACUACAUCUCGCAGUUCACUUCAAACAUCCGCCAUAUUGACGGGUCACGGAAUGAGGUGGCUGACGCACUGUCCAGACCCUCUAUCUCUCACGUCCAGCUUUCUUCCGGGAUUAACCUCUCUGAGAUGGCCGCUGAACAACACCGUGUUGACUCACCCUGUGAGGAGAAUGUUUCCGAACUCCAAAUUCCGGAGCUACUACUGACAACUGGUAACGGUACCAUUGUAUACGACGGAUCCACCCCAUCCCAUCGUCCAUUUGUGUCACCAUCCCUUCGACGCAAAUUUCUUCUCCUCCUUGCACAAUCCAUCUCGUCCUAG